AUGAGCACUCACCAACGCGAUGGAUCCUUGCUACGGAAAAAGCAGGAUCAAUGGGCGCGUGAACGAGCGGAAGAAGCUGAAAAUACCUGGUUCCCGUUCGGUUCACCUGGUGGUGGAAAUCCAAAUCGCAAGCAUGAGUCCAUAGACUAUUCAUCACCACAUGCAAAAACUCAGGUGCAGCAACAUCAGGACCAGUCAUUAUCACAGGUCAAGACAUCUUUUAUGACUGUUUUGUUUUUCCCAUAA